AUGAACCGGGAGAUGUUUGCGAUCGUGGCGAGAGCUCUGCAGCAGCAUGGCAAAAGCAAGGCGAUGAAUCCGUGGCUGCUGCUCGCUCUCCUUGGACUGUGCAGCCCAGACGAUCCUUUCCAGGGCCACAUCCACCAGCUUCUCCUGGGGGAUCCCAAGGUGUUCCCAGCCCAGCCAGGAUACAUAAUUCCAGGUUGUCUGGCAUCUGCCCUGGGGUCUCCUCCAGGUGGACGUGUCCAGAACACCUCCACUAGGAGGCGACCAGAAGGCAUCCUGACUAGAUGCCUGAAACACCUAAGCUGGCUCCUUUCAAUGAGGAGAAGCAGCGGCUCUACUCCGAGCUCCUCACAGAUGUCCAAGCUCCUCACCCUAUCCCUAAGGGUGCACCCGGCCACCCUUGCGGCGUUUGGGCCCAGCAAACAGGAAGAAGAGGACUAUGAGGACGUCCCCAUAAAUAAGACAUGGGUUUUAUCACCCAAGGUCUAUGAGAGCGAUGUGACCUUGAUCUUAAAUAAAUUGCUGCAGGGCUAUGACAACAAACUACGGCCUGACAUUGGAGUGAGGCCAACAGUGAUUGAAACAGCUGUGUACGUCAACAGCAUUGGACCAGUGGACCCCAUAAACAUGGAAUACACCAUCGACAUCUUCUUCGCCCAGACGUGGUACGACAGCCGCCUUAAGUUCAACAGCUCAAUGAAACUGCUCAUGCUCAACAGCAACAUGGUAGGCAAAAUCUGGAUUCCUGACACAUUCUUCAGGAAUUCCCGGAAAUCAGAUGCCCACUGGAUCACCACUCCAAAUCGCCUCCUGAGACUGUGGAGCAAUGGGAGAGUGAUGUACACACUGAGGUUGACUAUUAAUGCGGAAUGCUACCUUAAGCUGCAUAACUUUCCAAUGGAUGAGCACUCGUGUCCGCUGGAGUUUUCAAGCUACGGUUAUCCUAAGAAUGAGAUCAUGUACCGUUGGCAAAGACGCUCGGUGGAGGUGGCAGACCAGCGCUACUGGAGACUCUACCAGUUUGCCUUUGUGGGGUUGAGGAACACCUCUGAGGUGGCACAUACCCAGUCAGGGGAAUACGUGAUCAUGACAAUCUUUUUUGACCUGAGUCGGAGGAUGGGCUACUUCACCAUUCAGACCUACAUUCCAUGCAGUAUGAUCGUGGUCUUGUCCUGGGUCUCGUUUUGGAUCAACAAGGAUGCAGUCCCAGCUCGCACAUCUCUGGGCAUUACCACAGUGCUCACCAUGACAACUUUAAGCACCAUCUCCCGGAAGUCCCUGCCCAAGGUGUCCUACGUCACUGCCAUGGACUUGUUCGUGUCUGUCUGUUUCAUCUUCACCUUCGCUGCGCUCAUGGAGUACGGCACUCUGCACUACUUCACCAGCAACAGACAGACCAAGAAGGCCAAGACUAACAACAACACACAGCAGAAAACAUCUAGUAUGGUGAACAUCCGUCCCGGGACAUCCCUUCUCCAGAUGAACAAUAUUGUGCCCUAUCACGAGGAGGAUGACUACGCCUACGAGUGUUUGGAUGGAAAAGACUGCGCCAGCUUUUUCUGCUGCUUCGACGACUGCCGUUCAGGUGCCUGGCGUGAGAACAGGAUGCACGUGCGGGUUUCCAAGAUCGACUCAUACUCACGAAUAUUCUUUCCCACCGCCUUUGGCCUUUUUAAUUUGGUUUACUGGAUAGGGUACCUGUAUCUAUAAAACAAACGCCAUGAAGAGGGCAGAUUGAUAUUUU